CUAACGGCCCUCUUCGUUGGUGGGCCGAGCCGCCCGUUUCGUUCUAUCAGACUCUUCUUUAUCCAGUACCUUUUAGGGUUUGUCCCGCCGACGCCAAUCGCCGCCGCCUGUCGCCGCCGCCGCCGCCGCCUCCAUAUUCUAGCUCUCGGUGAUCUCUGAUGGAGCCCGAAGGCGGCGUCAGGCUGCCAACCCUAGAUCGCGUCAGGCGCGGCGUCAGAAGUAGCUGUGAUACCGAGAGCUGGGAAUGCUUUCAAUGCGGUUCGAUAAACCUCCCUGUUGAGAAACUACUGUUUGAUCUACCAGCAUUCCAUUGUCGUGGAUGCGAAGCUCCGUUUCUUGGUGAAAUGAACUUCUGCUAUGACCUCGUCAAGGCAAACAAGCGUUCUCUGAUUGGUGGGCUCGACAAUAUCAAGAAUCAAUACGAUAAUCCUGAAUGUAUCGCCUAUUCUAUAGCCUCUUGCCUUGAGAUAGCAGACAGGAUUAAGACGGUUCUUCAGGGAAAAAAUCCCGACUCCGUAAAAGAGAUAGACCCAACUGCCAUUGUUGACAUGUUUGAUGGUAAGUGCUUGGCCAACUGUUCUGAUGGCACAUCGGGAAUCGGAAAACUUGUUACAAUGGCGCUUGCUGUCCAAACUGAUGGCAUACAAUCUGCCGAUCAUUCAAGGCUUUACACUGCUGUAGCAGUGGAAACAAUUGAUAAGUAUGACUUUGAAGGGAUAUGUGCCACACUUGCUGAUGGCAUUCCGCUUGUUGGUGCGUUUUACUGCGGCAGCAGAUUGGAAAAGCUUGAGUAUUGCCAAAUUUACAGAGUGCCCAAACUAUCCAAAUUCCUGGAUAGAAAUCUGAUUCCUACUGGCCAUGCUGCUGUUAUCAUUGGGGCUGGAAUGCGCUGCGGGAUACAAUAUUUGUAUUUUCUAAAUUCGUGGGGUAACUUCUUUUGCCCACGCUAUGACAAAGAUGGUAAUCUUGUGAAAGCUGGAGUUGGAAAGUUGAGGUUUUAUGAUUUGCUCUGCAAUCCGAUUAUGUUCAUAACAGAUUCUGCCAAGCGUGUUGGGUUGAAUAGGCAGCUACUGCCUAUGGGCACUGGGAAGCUGUCAGAUCACAACAAGAGCAUGCUGAUGGGCCGAAAACAAACUGAUGUUAUACCUGAAGACCUAUCUAUUGGCGUAACCUCCGAGUUUGUUGGGAAUCAACCACAAAUUUCUUCAAAAAGAAAAAUGGCUAAUGCCACUUUGGAUGGUGAUGGUCAAACUCAAAAGAGAAACAAGUGUAGAACUUUCGGCCGAAGUUCUGUCGAUCUCAAUGAAGCCAACAACAAACGGAAUGCAAAGGAAGAUGAGAUGUGAGGUCAUGGGGAUGAAGAACCCUGCAGACAUACUUUUGCUUUGUGAAAAAGGGCCUGAUGUUUUUUGCUCUGAGAGUUGGUAGGGUUUGUGAGCCACCUCACCAAGCAUCAAUGAUGCAUAUUUUUCAUUAUGCUACACUUGGAUGUCUCAAUUUAAUCUACUGAGACUCUUUUUCGUUGAUGAUCACUGGCUCACUGCUCAUGUAAAUCCUGGAGAGUAUUUAUUGUUGAAACGAAGACAUGAUCUUCUGUGUGUUUGAGCAGAGGAACGAAUUGGAUCCUCUCUGUGUUUGAGCAGAUGAACGAAUUGGAUCCCAUUCGUUUACCAGAUAAUGAGCUCUAGGUACAACAAGAUAUUUGGAAUA